AUUUUUAAAUUUGAGAAUCCUUGGUGAAACUUUUCAACCACUUCAAGGGUUUACGUGAAACGUUUCAAUGCAGCGCUGCAGGCGAACGUCAGUGGAAAGAAAUGGCACAAAUAAACAAACAAACAUACGCUUGCUGCCUGUAGUGGACCAACGCCGAUUUUUUCUAAGGCACUGGUCUAAUCUUGUUGCGCGCAACAUUGUUGCUGGCAAAAUGUAUGGAUUUUGACAGCUAGCGCAACUUUGUUGCAUGCCAAAUUCAAUCCAAUUUGAUUUUUGUCUGGCAACAUUUUCUAUUUACCUUGGUCAUGGUAAUCGGGUGUAUGAAAUGACACAGCAGCAGUGUGCGUUUUGUUGACAUCCGCUAAAUUUGGAUUUUAAGCAUUUAUAAUACAUUUUUUGGUGUAUAUUUCAUUUUUUCAACACUUUAUUCAACACGUGAAUGAUAAAAAAUAAUCUCUGAGCUGUUAAUUGGCAAUUUUUUACGCUAAACAAUGUCAAAGCGAAAUGUUGCCAGCAACAUUCAUAGACCACCUCAGCGAUAUGUUGCCGAGCAACAAUGUUGCGCGCAACAAGAUUAGACCGCUGCCUAACCGGCAAAGCGGCACACAAUGUGGGAAAAAUGUCGUUUAUGUUUAAAGAAAAUAGGUGCCAGAAAGGGAGCGUCCAUCACCGACGACGAAUUCGGCGCCAUGCUGAGCCGUGUGUUCACCUUCCCGGUUGCCGUUACCGAAUCCGUUUUGCUGGUAAAUGUUUGUGCCAAAUGUGCGUUGAUGGUGCGAAACUUUAACGCCUUUAGUGAAGCGGUCGAGGCAAAUCAGAACGUUUUGUUAAGCGAGUUAAUGGUGGAGGAGAAAGGUAGGGAAUUAGAUGAUGAAAAGGUAAAGCAUACUCAAGUAAUCUCAUCACGAGAGCUAACUGUGGAGCCAAAAGGACGGGAAGUGGAAGAUGUUAAACAUGGCCAUUCACUGACAAAGCCUGUCCUAGAUCAAGAAUAUGAAACAAAUGAAAAAAAGCCCGUGGAAAAGCUCGCUGAUGAUGAUGAUGGGACCGCCAGUAUGCUGCCCAUAGAGGAUAUGGAAGUGCUGCUAAAAGAACAGCUGGAUGAUGACUUUUCCUCGGACGACAACAACAGCACAACGCACACCGAUGACAAAACCCCGAACAGUCGCAGCAAAAAGCCCGACCUGCACGAGAACGAUCGCAUCAUUAUGGAGUUUUUCGAGAUGCGCUGCGAGCUCUGCCCGAAACAGGCCGAACAAAGCUUCGAUCGGUUCUACACGCUGCAGCGGCACUAUCGCGUGGCGCACCAGUGUCGCGGAUUUUUGCGCUGCUGCGGCAGAAAGCUUUACCGUCGGUUUCGCGUCAUGGAACACAUCCAGUCACAUCGCGGCACGAUCCGGUGCGGGAUUUGCGACAAGCCGUUCAAAAGCAAGAGCUACCUGAUGCGCCACAAUGCCGAGCAGCACGUGGCCGAGGGACCGUCCUUCGCCUGCCAGCACUGUGAGCGAACGUUUCACACCCAGCGGCAGCUGAAUCAGCACCUGCCCGCACACGAAACGACGGUGUGCAAGAUCUGCGGCAAAACGGUGAACGUCCGGUACCUGAAGCAGCAUACCGCACUGAUACACGGCACGGUACGCCAGGGCUACAUGUGCGAUCUGUGCGGGAAGAACUUUUCCAGCAGCUUGGCGCUGGACCGGCACAUCAAGCAGCACCAGGGCAUCGAGACGAUCGAGAAGCUAGACUGUCCGCACUGUGGCAAGCAGCUGAACGGGAAGUACAACCUGCAGAAGCACGUGCGCUGCAUGCAUGUGGAGGCGGGCAAGAGCUACCGGUGCGAGGUGUGCGGCCACUUCAGCCCGAACAGUGUGGCGCUGGAGAACCACAAAAAGCGGGUGCACACGGGCGAACACUUUGAGUGUGGAGAGUGUGGCAAACGGUUCAAGCAGAAGAUUUACCUGACGGAGCACGUGGCGGCGCUGCACACGCGCAAACCGCUGUACGCGUGCGAGUUUUGCGAGGCUACGUUCAAGUCGAGGGCGAACUACUACACGCACCGGAAGACCCGGCACCGGGCAGAGUGGGAAGCGCUCAGGGAGGAGAGGAAACAAGGGGAGGGCAAGAGAUUGUUUGCCGCGGCGGAUGUGAUCACUGGAGUCGUCUAGGGAAUGGUUUGUUUUUGGAGAUGUGUACGAGGUUUUGCUUUGUUUGUAAUUACGAAAAGAUUAAAUUAUUUUAAUGCAAUUCGACCUAUUUGAUAUGAAAUUGAAUAUUUGCAAAAGCACGCAAAAUUGAUUUUUUUUUAUAAAAUGGAAAUUAAUCCAA